GAGCGCCUCAUCGCGGCGGCCGCGCCCGGCCUGCCGGCCGCCAUGACCGGGGAGAAGCUGCGCUCGCUGCGCAGGGACCACAAGCCCAGCAAGGAGGACGGGGACCUGCUGGCGCCCGGCGAGGAGGAGGCGGCCGCGGCGCCCGGGGGGCUCUUCACGGGCGGGCGCGGCAAGGGCGGCCGCGCCGGCGGCCACCGCAUCUUCAGCAACCACCAGCCCCGGGCGCCGCUCAAGGGGGGCCCGGCGGGCGGCGGGACGGGCCCGGCCGCCGAGCCCGACCGGAGCGGCGCGCACUUCCCCGUGCACGAGUGCGUCUUCAAGGGCGACGUGCGGCGCCUCUCCGCGCUCAUCCGCACGCAGGGCAUCGGCCAGAAGGACAGUCACGGAAACACUCCAUUACAUCUUGCUGUGAUGUUGGGCCAUAAAGAAUGUGCCCACUUGCUUUUAGCCCAUAAUGCUCCAGUAAAGGUGAAAAAUGCUCAGGGAUGGAGCCCUCUUGCAGAAGCCAUCAGUUAUGGAGACAGGCAAAUGAUUACUGCACUCCUAAGGAAGCUUAAGCAGCAGUCCAGGGAAAGCGUCGAAGAAAAGCGACCUCGAUUAUUAAAAGCCCUAAAAGAGCUAGGUGACUUCUAUCUAGAGCUUCACUGGGAUUUUCAAAGUUGGGUGCCUUUACUCUCCCGAAUUCUGCCUUCUGAUGCAUGUAAAAUACACAAGCAAGGUAUAAAUAUCAGGCUGGACACAACUCUCAUAGACUUUACUGACAUGAAGUGCCAACGGGGGGAUUUAAGCUUCAUUUUUAAUGGUGAUGCAGCACCCUCUGAAUCUUUUGUAGUUUUAGACAAUGAACAAAAAGUUUACCAGCGAAUACAUCAUGAGGAAUCGGAAAUGGAAACKGAGGAGGAGGUUGACAUUUUAAUGAGCAGUGAUAUCUACUCAGCAACAUUAUCAACCAAAUCAAUUACCUUCACACGUGCCCAGACGGGAUGGCUUUUUCGAGAAGACAAAACAGAAAGAGUAGGAAACUUCUUAGCAGAUUUCUACCUGGUUAAUGGACUUGUAUUAGAAUCAAGGAAAAGAAGGGAACAUCUCAGUGAGGAGGAUAUUCUUCGAAAUAAAGCUAUCAUGGAGAGUCUGAGUAAAGGUGGCAAUUUAAUGGAACAAAAUUUUGAGCCUGUGAGACGACAGUCACUUACUCCACCAUCACCCAAUACAAUUACAUGGGAAGAGUAUAUAUCUGCUGAAAAUGGAAAAGCUCCUCAUCUGGGUAGAGAGCUGGUCUGCAAAGAAAGCAAGAAAACCUUUAAAGCCACGAUAGCUAUGAGCCAGGAAUUUCCCUUGGGAAUUGAGUCAUUAUUGAAUGUUUUAGAAGUAAUUGCACCCUUCAAGCACUUUAACAAACUUAGAGAAUUUGUUCAAAUGAAGCUUCCACCAGGCUUUCCUGUAAAAUUAGAUAUCCCUGUAUUCCCCACCAUCACAGCCACUGUGACUUUUCAGGAGUUUCGUUACGAUGAAUUUGAUGAAUCUAUCUUCACUAUUCCUGAUGACUACAAGGAGGACCCCAGCCAUUUUCCUGAUCUAUAAUUAAACUGGAAGGUUAAUGGUGAAUAACAAUACCAGCGUAUCACAGUAAAUGGAUGCAAAUAGCCCACAGAUAUUAUAGGCAUGGAAGUGGGUCAUACAGGAAGGGAUAAACUUAAAUAAUCCGGAAGAAAAGGGAACAUGCAUCAAAUGRCUGAUGUACUGGUAUUCACUAUAAUGGGCAUCCUAAUCUAGUCCCUGAUUUACAGCACGUCUCCUGAUGUGUCAUUCACACUUUUAUACAUCCAGAAUUGCAGGCCUGGUAGUUUGACACUUCAGUGACCCCAAAAGCAGUUAACAGCUGUGAGGACUAUCAUUCAUUUUUAAAUUUUUUACAUUUCUUCUUGGUGAUACAGAAAGCACUCUUGGACCAUUAGCAUAAAAUUGAAAUGUCUUAGCUGGAUAYUAAUCCUUUAAAACAUGCCACUGUAUUUAAGAUGACCAUGUUAUAUUCUUUCGUGCUUUGUUUUCAUGAAUUGUAAACUAUGUAUCAUUAUGUAUAGUUCAGUAAUUUGAAUGUUAGUUGAACAUAUAUUAGAAGGAAUGCAUUUUCUGUAGGUGAAUGAACCAAAUGGCCACCAUUAAACAAUUGCAUUUUCAUAUUGCAGUCCACAUCAGAAAUAGCAUUCACUCUGCAGGGAAUAAGAAACCACCGUAGCACCUUAGUGCAGUCCGUUGUGGUGCUAUCCAUGUCGCUGAAGUGGUGAUUUCUUCCCUGAGCUCUUGGUUAAUCUUUCUUUCAUUGGCUCUGCAGGUAACUUCUUUUUAUCAUACUGGCUUAAGAAGUCCUUGCUGUGUCCGUGAUGCGGUGUUGAUUAGCACGCUUGGAGCUUGUUAGAUAGAAAUCGCCACUUUUUUUUUCUUUUUUUUUYUUUUUUUUUUCAUACUCACGUAGGAGACUUGCUCCAGUUGAUGGGUAAACAUCAACUAAGUUACCUUGUUCUGAUGUCCAGCAGCCACUGGAAUACAUGGGAUGUGUAUGAAGAGUUCCUAGAACAAUAAGCUCAAGUGUUGUCGUCUUACACAAAAAAAUGUUUCUCUUGAAGUUAGUUUAAUUGUAGUGCACAUUGAAUAGAGCUCACACUGGAAUAUUUUAUCUACAAAUGMUUAGUAUGUUUCCAGAUUAAUUUUCUUCUUUUUAAUAUUUUUGAUAGGUAGGGAGUUACAUUACUCUGGUUUAUUGAGCUUAUUCUCAUUCCAAGUGGUUCCAGUCUCCUAGUAUGACAAUAAUCCAGCUUUCUGGUUUGUUAGAAAGAAUUUGUGCAACAGGCUAAUGGUGCUAUUUGUUUGUAUUAAGAAAUUUAGAAUAACGUGCUGUGGUGUAACUGUAAAAAAAUGUAAAUAUUUUCAAAAUUAUAUUCUUUGUGCACUGUAGUUAAAACUUUUUCUGGAAAUCAAUAGAGUUAUGUUUGAAACUUUAUAAUAAAGAGUACCAUCAAUGCUUAGUAAAGGUAACCGACCUGACUAACCAUGCAGGUGAUAAAUGGAGAUAGCUUAUCACAAGGCAAUAAAAGGUGAUUGUCAGGCACAUCARUCAAAGGUGGAAAUACUUCAAGUGGACAGUCAUUCACAAUUUCUGGAAUCCCRUCUAUAUAAGACCCAGAGAGGCUGCUCUAGGGAAGUACUGUUGAAUCACUAGCAGCAAAAAUGGAUAAACCGAAAAUAGAAAGUUGAGGUUGAUCCUAUUUCAGCAUUACCUUAAGCCUGCAGGUGAGCAGUGUUUACUUGGUGGACAGUGAAUGAUACACUGUAGUUAUUUAAUUCUAAAUCAAAUUGGAAGUAAAACAGUAGAGGAAGAAAUAAAGGGAAAUGUAAACUUCUUGUAAUAACUUGUGAAGUAGUGUGUGAGGAGCAGAUGUUGAACAUUUGGUAGGAAUGAUAGGRCUUGUUUUAACAAGUAAUGAUGAAUUCCUAAAGUGUUCUGCAUCUAUGGUAUAAAUUGACCCCCUGGUAGUGUCCUCAGCAGCCGCAUUGAAUGUAUGUGGAGCCUGCGUGGCCCCGGCGCGAGGUGCUGGGCCGCUGCAGAGCCCUUUGCCCCUCGUGCUGCAGCUCUGGCAUGGAGCAGAACGAGGAGCUCGGCGACGGGACAGGCGACGCGAUGGGCGCGAAGCCGACGCGCCGRGUGCCCCAGCAAGCGCCGGUGCCAUAGGGGAGCGCCCAGCUGCUUGGAACUUGCAGCAAACACAGCCGGCCGAUCCUCUGUAGGAUGAACAGGAGAGCUUUUCUGCCAGUAUUGCAGGGCAAGAGCUGCGUGUUUCACGUUAUCUUGUGUUUCUGCUUUUUUCAGAGUAUCGUCGCAGUGCUUGCGGGCAGAGCAAGGCACGUACGUAGCUACAGCUAUGUAUUGUAGGCAGUAUAGCAAGUGCAACGGACUGGGUUCUAGACUUAAAACAAAUCAAAACAAUCAUCUAGUUUAGCCUGCCCUGCCGCCCGGGGUCUGCAUUCCCUCCAUCUGCUUCUAGGAGGCUGCAUUUAUGUCUGGUGGCAACAGGGGUGUCUGACUCGAGCCCGCUGCGGCUCCUCGAAAUGUUUUCACUGAUUGUCAUGGACUCUGGCUGAAAACUUUAUGGUUUUUUAACCUUCACAAAUACAUAAUUACUAACUUUGAUACAUUUUAAGAUUUGCAGAAACUUUUUUAUAGUGGGUUGCUAUAUUGAGGCUUGUUCUAACCUGCAGUGUCAGCGCCAGUGGACGCAGAUUUGGUUGGCUGUAGUCCUUUAACAUAAUCGAUGGUGAACAUACCCUGCUACUCAUUUCCUUAAUGUGAAGCUGAAGGAUCGGACUCCGAUCGGAGUGUAUUUUUCCAGUUCAAUGACUGUUUUCUAGCUGCCUGGUUCCCCG